GCGGAAGUCAGCAAAUCAUUAACAUCGUCUGUGGUUUUGCUAUACACAUCUUUACUGCAGGCGCUCAAAGGUUUUUAAACUUGACUGAAACUAUUUCAGAGCCCUGAACUGCUGAAGACAAUGUUUCACACAUAUACUUUUAGCUGUUUGUGCUGUUGGCAUCUGGUUGGUGUGUGUGGUGAUACAGACACAGUGAAGUCAGUGUCAGUGAAGGAGGGAGAUUCAGUCACUCUACAGAUUAAUGUCACUGAAAUACAGACAGAUGAUAAGAUCGACUGGAAAUUCGGAACUAACAAUAUUGUAAUAGCUAGAAUUAGGACAAAGACCAGUGAGAUUUUUAAUGGUACUGAUGGGAGAUUCAGAGACAGACUGAAGAUGGAUCAUCAGACUGGAUCUCUGAUCAUCACAAACACCAGAACCACAGACUCUGGACUUUAUGAAGUGAAGAUCAGGAGCAGCAGUAGAUCAGAGGAUACACACAGAUUCAGUCUUACUGUCUAUGGUGUGUUUGCUGAUACAGACACAGUGAAGUCAGUGUCAGUGAAGGAGGGAGAUUCAGUCACUCUACAGAUUCAUGUCACUGAAAUACAGAAAGAUGAUAGGAUCGACUGGAAAUUCGGAACUAACAAUACUGUUUUAGCUAGAAUUAGGACAAAGACCAGUGAGAUUUUUAAUGGUACUGAUGGGAGAUUCAGAGACAGACUGAAGCUGGAUCAUCAGACUGGAUCUCUGACCAUCAACAACACCAGAACCACAGACUCUGGACUUUAUGAAGUGAAGAUCAGGAGCAGCAGAUCAGAGGAUACACACAGAUUCAAUGUUACUGUCUAUGGUGUGUGUGGUGAUACAGACACAGUGAAGUCAGUGUCAGUGAAGGAGGGAGAUUCAGUCACUCUACAGAUUAAUGUCACUGAAAUACAGACAGAUGAUGAGAUCGACUGGAAAUUCGGAACUAACAAGAUUCUUAUUGCUAGAAUUAAGACAAAGACCAGUGAGAUAUUUGAUGGUCCUGAUGAGAGAUUCAGAGACAGACUGAAGCUGGAUCAGACAGGAUCUCUGAUCAUCACAGACACCAGAACCACAGACUCUGGACUUUAUGAAGUGAGGAUCAGCAGCAGCAGUAGACCAGAGGAUACACACAGAUUCAAUGUUACUGUCUAUGACUGUACAUUCUGUUGUCAUGUUCCUGAAGCUGUGACUCGAUUGGUCAUCUCUGUUUUGGUGGGUAUGGCUGCAGCUUUUAUUGUGGUGUAUGACAUCACAUCCAGAAAAGAUGAACAGGAAAGAAUGGAACAGACAUCGUCAUCAUCAGACCCUCACAGAUGAACCGUUUUCAUCUUCCCUUUAGCCAGACCAUAAUUCAAUUCAGAAUUCAACAAAAAUAUGGCAUUAUAGUUUAAAGCCCAGUGCUUAUAGUGAUUAAUCUAUUUCCUCGUAAUGAUUAUAUAUUGGACAGGUAAGGGAAUUAAUUGUUGUGUGGACCUCUCUUUAAAUCUCAUGACUGUCAGUGUAAUUUACAGUACUGCUGCUCCCUAUGAGUACGCAGUUUGCAUAGGGCACCAACUCCCAGGGGGGCACCAUCACAGUUGUUAAAAAAAAUUAAUAAAAUGUGACAUUCCCUUUGCACCCGCGCCUGCUUGCACCUCGUGUUUGCGGUUGAAUGCAAAUGAUCAUAAUUGAUGGACAGCUGUACCCGGGAAAAGACAUCAGCAAUCCGGAGCCGAGAAAAGAAAAAUAGUAAAAGUUCAUAAUUCUGUGAAAUUAUUUUGCCUUUUGACGUUCAUAACGUGCAUUAAUGUCUGUAAUAAUUUCUCCACCAAAUUAACCACAGUUUUGUUACUUCAAAUAGUAAUUUACAAAAAAGUAUUAAGAUGAUAAUAUUUUUGUGGUUAUAAAAACAGACGUAGGCCAACAAUAGGCUUUAAAAUGACUUGAAGGGGUCAUAUGAUGUUGCUAAAAUGAACAUUAUUUGGUGUAUUUGGUGUAAUGAGAUGUGUUAUGUUAAUGAAAUGGGUUCAAUGUACUGUUACCAUGUGUUCACACCAGUUUAUUUAUAUUAUAAAUAAUAGUACAGUAGUCCCAGUUUACUUUUAAACCUUUAAACCAGUGAUUUUCAACCUGUGGUCCACGGCCAGUGGCCCACAAUACCAGUGGGUCGCGGUGGUAUUGCAGGUGGGCCACCAAUUAUUUUCUGUUCAUUUCCAGUCCAUUCUAGGGCUGUGCGAUUAAAAGAAAUUGUCAUAAAAUCACGAUUUGGGCGUGCGCAAUUUCUAAAUCGCUUUAUAGCACUAUUUUACGUGGCCCUGACCUCCCGUAGUAUGCUAUCUGAUCCAAUCAGAAUGCAUUGCGCCAAGCGGGAGAACAGAAAAGACUGGGCAUAUACCUUACUCCAGGUUCACACACUGUCUGUGAUCCGCCUUUUUUCCAAGCCCAUGUUAAUGGAUCAAAGCGUUCAGACUGCACGCGGUAAAAGGCUAAAUAAAAACGUGCGAAAAUAAUUAAUAUCUAACACAUGAACAGGGAGAGAAUUGUGAGUGCACAGGACACAGUUUAAGUGAGAGGAGACACGUUUUAAGUUCGCACACUCUCUCCGCGCUGUUUUUGUAACGUCUGGUUUUGAGACAGAGAGAUUUGCACUCGUGCAUUAUUUUAAUGUGCUUUCGCGUUAUAUUUAUACACUCUCACUGCUGACCGCAUACAUAUACUGUAUACACACUGCAAACACCUGAGGCACCGCUAAA